UCUUCGACAAAGUCACAACGGACGAAAAUCCAAUGCGAUGUAUUUGGGAGCUCGUUUGCACUGAUAGGACGUCUACGCAAUAAUUCACCUGACCCACGGUCGUUCUCGUCUGAUCACCUUAUCUUUUAGGAAAGCAAUGCAUGCAAGACCGCAUCGACAGUAAUAUUCAAGCAUCUAGUUGUCGUUUCUCCCUAGUAAGAAGCCUGUGGAAAACAACGCUUUUCACUCCAUAAACUGUAUCAUGGGGCAUAGGAACCUAGCUGGCGCGCGGGAUCUUAUCGAACGCUCAACGUCGUCGUCCGAAGUUACCCACGAGUCAGUUGGCUGUCGUCGCACGACGAAAGUAAUGAAAAGGCGUUAGUGGAUGAGGCCUCGAACCACGGUGAUGCAGCUUUUCUGACGGCGCGUGCGGUCGGCAGGAUGGCAUCCGCGCAUCUACUCUGUCAGGGACCCUACGUGAACGUCUUGAAGGCAUUUCCCCUACACGAUGAAGAAAACUGCAGAUGUCAAGGGGAUGUGACGGAGGAAACAGUCUACAUGCAAAUCAAAGCGAUGCAAUCCCGUCACUUUGUAAUUCACCUCGACAUUUCUACUAUCGAGAAGUUAUGCGUGAGAGCGACUUUCAGUAACAUGGUCAAAGAGCCGAAGGUAACUUCGAGGACAAUCCAGUAUCCUUGUCAUCCGUCACCUGGUGUAUGGACGAUGCUAUGCAUCAACACUCCGACUCUUCUCGGCCAGUACACGCGCUUAGUUCCUAAAGGAAUGGUUCUCAAGUCCAUGCAGAUAUGCGCCAACAUAAAACUUCGAGGCAUCUAUACUUCAGAUAUUCUGUAUCCUCAGAACAUGUUACCACGUGGAAUGCGACUUUCUCCGAAGACAACAGUAGAAGACUGCCAGUGGAUAUACGCCCCUCUUGGAAGCCGGCCGGAUGACGUUCUGCCUAUCACGGGUGACGAGAGCGAUGAUGAUGAGUUUUUCUCUUGCGGAAAGGGAGACAGCUGCAGUAAAGCUGAGAUUCGAACCACAGCAGCCGCCACGGAUCCAAACGAAGGCGAAGAACCCGGCCUGAGGAACUCAAGGAAUGGGACGGGGAUAGGCGGAACAGGAGAUCAGAUCGCUGUUGAAGGAAUGCAGGCUGAUUGUUCAUGGAUUUCAAAAAGCAGCAAUCGAGGAGGCGGCACAGCCGUAACGCAGGGGGAACCUCUGCUGCCUUCAUCACUCUUCAGUCGCGGCGCUCUGUUGCAGGUGCGGCCUCAGUAG